AUGAAUUCAACGCGAGCGUUUAAAAUCCCAACUUUCUGGCGUACCAACCCAGAACUUUGGUUCAAACAAAUUGAAUCCGUUUUUUAUACAACCAGAAUUACAGCUGACGCAAGUAAAUUUCAUCAUGUUGUUUCUUCUAUGGAAAGUGAAAUUCUUGCUCAAGUUAGUGACAUAAUACUCAAUCCACCAGAAACGAAAAUGUACGAAGCAUUAAAAACCCGGCUCAUCGAAAGAUUUUCCGAAUCUGAACAAUGUCGGCUUAAAAAAUUACUGACCGAAGUCGAACUCGGUGAUCGGAAACCAUCCCAUUUUCUUUCAGAAAUGCGUCAACUAGCUAAUGGAAAAGUAACUGAUUAA